GAAGGGCUUUUAUAUAAUAGGGGGACGGUUGUUUUGACUUCAUAGUAUCGAGGUUAGCGUUUGCGAAAUUGACGAUGGAUUGUGACGAGAAAGAAGUCGAGAAAGGUGCCGAUUUGUCAAUGGAUGUUUCUAAGAAGGAGAAAUAUGAAUAUGUGGAUGAUGAUGAAGAUGAUGAUGAUGAAUGGCGUAAAAUUGAAUUCCUUCUCAACUACAUAAAUCCCCAUGCUUUUGAUUCUCUUUAUACGACGGACGGCAUCGAUUUAUUGGCUGAAAAGAUAUCUGAAAAUAUGCCGGAGCUUAAGGAGUUGGUCUUGGAGAUAAGAGGACUACUCAACGCCGAUUUACUGCAUACUGUCAGUAUGCAAAAUUUGGAUGUCAAAGCCAAGGAGAUUUUAAAAAGACGGGACUUUUUGGAGGCGACUGAAGAGGCCCUUUAUUAUUCGUCUGGACUCUUGGUGGGUUAUCUCGAAGACUAUUGCAAAACAAAAGAUGUUGAAGAUCGAAUGCUUGGGAUCAAGCAAGAUCCGUGUUUUGAGCCCUUCUUGGGAUGGACGGACCCCUUUGAUGUUAUGAGGGGAACAUUGUGUAUUUUGUUCGGGUACUUGUGCGAUGAGGAGUUCCACACUAAGUUGACUGAGAUGAGAAUUGAAUCUCACAGACUAAGAAUGGCUGCCAAACCUCCUCUCACCCGGUCUGAUUUAUUUAGUAAUAUUGAUUAUCCUGCUAAUCUCAAUGGACUGAAACAAGCGUUGGCCGACAGGUAUGGUGAAGAGUCUUGUCUUUAUAAGGUUGCUAUUAAAACGAUUGAGGAUAAAAAACCUGACUUUGAGGAGAUGGUUUGCCCGUCGCCUAUCUUGUUAGGCCCUGCUGCAAAGGGCCAUAAGAUUCGCAGUAUGAAUGUUUUAUGGUUUAAUGACACUUUUGUUUUGGGUUUUGUUUAUAUUGAAGUUAUCUUUUGAUUUUUUUAUAGUAAUGGGCAUCUCGAUAUGAGAUGAUUAUAUGAUAUGAAUCGGUAUAAAGAUGAAGAUGUUAUUAUUUGCUGCAAUCAUUCAUCUUUAAUGCUCAAAUUCUUAUGGUAUUGAUUUCACUUGAUGCAUUUAACAAGCACAAUACAUACUCGGUGAAAAUUAUUCCAGUGAUACAAUCUAUCAGCUAUCAAGUUGUUCACCUUAAUUCGUAGUCAGAAGUAAAAAUUUUUAUUUUGGUCCCCUAAGUUGACAUGCCUAUUUCUUGUACCUUAAAUUUUAACCUAAUAAUUGUGAAUAUAUGAAAAUUGGUUAUUUUUUUGUUCAUUGAUCCAAUAUUUAAAAAAUAUCAUAAUUAGAUUAGACAAGUCUAUUGUAAACAAUAACAUUUUCUUAACACAUCAGAAAAAAAUAAAUAAAGAAAAUAAAAAAUGAAGCCAAUGGCUUAAUUAUGAGUUAUACUAGUUGUCUUACACAGUCGGCCUAUAUCCAGUCGUUAAAUUUAGUUUUUUAUGGGUAGAAAAUUUGUCCUUAGGCCCGCUUGUGUACAUUUAACUAAGAUGAAAUUUAUCCCUAACUGUUGACUAAAUUUGACCCGACUGUGCGUGAUAUUCAAUCUAUAAUCGAGUUCAAAUUUGUUGAUCAGUUGAAUAUACGCCGAGACCGACCAGCGGCGCCGAGAAGACGAUCCAGACACUCGAGGAGAUCUUCUCGCUUUCUUGACUUGACAACCACAUCAUCAACAUAACAUUCAAUGUUUUGUGAAGUUCUAUUAUUUUUAAGACAAAAAGAAGUCGAGAAAGGUGCCGAUUUGUCAAUGUGACU